AGAACUCACCCAUCUUCUUCUUCUUUCCACACCAAUUGCGCAAUCAUUGUCGACCACUUUGGCAAAUUGUCGUCGUCGUCAACCGUCAAAAGUCCCCCGAGAGUCCAGAAUUUCAAUUAUUUGAUUGAAGAGAAGGCGGGGACCUCGAGACCUACUGUAUAGAGAAGUCUCUCAGAAGUUCUUUUCAUUCGUGCAAAAUGGAAACUGACUUGCUCUUCCAACUACUUCAACCCUAUUUUGCACUGUUGACGUCUGAUGUGAAGCCUCAGAGAAGAACUAGUCACCUGAUAAAGGAUAUACUUGACUUACCAACUGUUAAUGGAGAAAUUGAUGAAUUUGGAAGAUGCAAAUCCAGCCUCGACCAAGCCAAAGAGUCUCCUAUAGAAAAAUGUCAAAAAACAAAGAGAAAGAAGGCGCGGACGACAUUUUCCGGGAAACAAGUAUUCGAACUGGAGAAGCAGUUUGAGGCGAAAAAGUAUUUGUCAAGUAGUGACAGAAGUGAGCUUGCAAAACGAUUGGAUGUCACGGAGACGCAGGUGAAAAUCUGGUUCCAAAACCGGCGUACCAAGUGGAAGAAGAUCGAAUCGGAAAAGGAAAGAUCUGGAGAAAUACCGGAUGAUCAGAUUGUGAAGCCGCAAUAAUUUUAUGUUGUUUUUAUUUUUCAAAGAAAAAGUCGUGAUAUAUCCCCUUCUAUGAAAUCCCGUGAACAAUUAGUAUUUCCAGUAUCUUUUUUUCAAAAUCAAGAUCUCUUCCUUUACCUUGAUCUCCAUUCUUCUAAUAAAUAAUUAUUGCAAAAA